AUGUCUUUCAUGCCAGUUUCUAGCCACCUUUCUAUAAAUGAGCAAAUGAUUCCUUUCCAUGGCAAAACAUCUCUUAGACAGUAUGUCAAGAACAAGUCGAAUCCAGUUGGUCUGAAGAAUUUUGUGCUAACAACUUCUAAAGGGCUGGUACUUGGCUUCUUCAUUUACCAAGGAGCAAGCACUUGGCCUUCUGGACAACCAGAGCCAGAUCUCGGUUUGGGAGGCUCUGUGGUGAAGAAGCUGGUGGAGGGUAGGGUUCUCAGAGAGCAUGUUGUAUAUUUUGACCGAUAUUUCAGAUCAAUUACACCAUUACAAUACCUGAUGGAAAGAAAAAUAUAUGCCGUAGGAACGAUUUCAGUCAGCCAUAUUCCAUCUGCUCUCAAAUCGAAAUUCACUGCAGACAAGGAACUGAUGGAGACAGGGAGAGGUUCCUUCGACGAGUUCAUCACAGAAGAUGGAAAAAUUUCUGCUUUGAAAUGGAUCGAUAAUUGUUCUGUAACUGUAGCAUCUACAUUCUCUGGUGCUUCUCCUACUAAUGUAGUGAAAAGAUGGGACAGAAAAGCAAAAGAGUUCAUUGAAGUACCUCAACCCAAAUGUAUGAGUAACUAUAACAAAGUAGUGGGAGGUGUGAAUCUUUGUGACAGAAUGUACAAAAAGGAUGAGCAGGCACUAAGUGUUGGAAAGAAAUCAAUCAUGGAUUUACUAGAUUCCAAGAUUUACAUUGGUGAAUCACUGAGUUCAGGUGCAACUGCCAUCAGACAAGACAUUUACUCUUCAGACUCUGAAUCUGAAUUUCAUGAAGUGGCUCCUACAAAACGUGCAAAAAUAGUUCAAAUUCCAAACAAAGAUGUAUAG